CCGCGCGCGGCCGAGGCCCGCGGGCGCCAUCUUGUGUCCCGCGCCCGCCCCGCCAUCGCCUGGCAACGGCGGGCCGGGAUCGCCGGGAAUCCCCCGGGAAUAGAGGGUUGGGAAAGCCCAUCCCGGUCCCGAGGCAGGUGGAACGGAGCGGUUACGUGCGAGUGUUGCAGCGGGUAGACGGCCAGGCGGGUGCUGCGUGCCCGGAGUGCUGACCAGUCCAGAGAACAUCUUAUGGAUUUUGUGAGGACAAAAGGGCCACGUGAAUUCUAAUUUAGAAGCUAAGAUGGAGGUGUUAAUGCCCGAACCUCAGAUUUAUGUGGAAAAAACUCUGGCUAUCAUCAAACCUGAUGUCAUUCAUAAAGAAGAAGAAAUAGAGGAUAUCAUUCUCCGAUCAGGAUUCACCAUCAUUCAGAAACGAAGGCUCCAGUUAAGCCCAGAGCAAUGUAGCAACUUCUAUGCAGACCAAUUUGGGAAAAUAUUUUUUCCUAAUUUAACAGCCUAUAUGAGUUCUGGCCCUUUAGUUGCUAUGGUUCUUGCCAGACAUUGUGCAGUCUCACACUGGAAGGAAUUGCUUGGACCAUCCAACAGCCUGAGAGCUCGGAUAACUCACCCUCACAGCUUAAGAGCACUCUAUGGGACUGAUGAGCUGAGGAAUGGGCUUCAUGGCAGUCUCAGCGUUUCCUCAGCAGAGAGAGAGAUUCGAUUCAUGUUUCCAGAAGCGAUCCUGGAGCCAGUUCCCACUGGACAAAGGGCAAGGGAUUACCUGAACCUGUAUGUGAAGCCAACGUUGCUGGCUGGGCUCACUGCCCUGUGCAAAAAGAAGCCAGCAGACCCAAUGAUUUGGCUUGCUGACUGGUUGAUUGAACACAAUCCUAAUAAACCUAAACUACAAUUUCAUCUCUGAGGAAGAGCAUCGAGGGUGAGGGCUCAGUGGAAACCAUCUCAGGCAUUUCAAGCUACAGAUGUAUAUUAUCAGUGUGUCCCUUGACUGUGUAACCAAUAUUAUCUGAAAUAAAUGCAUUUAUCAUAACUA